AUGUGUCACCCCACAGCCAACGCCGUGGUGGUGUUCUCAGCGGGGCUGGAAGGAAGAGCUGGUACCACUAAGGCCAGCAAUGGGGAUCAAAUACUGGUCUACAAUAAGAUGGUGAUCAACGUGGGUGGUGGCUAUGAUGACAGCACAGGCAUUUUCAAAGUCCCCAUCAAGGGCCUCUACUUUGUCACCUUCACCUGUGGAAAAUGUUAUAAUUAUAAUAUGGGGGCAUGGGUGACGAAGAACAACCAUGACAAGCUGAUAUGUGUGUUUGACGACAAUAACGGUAACAGCAGGAUUACCAACAGCAUUGUGGUGGAAAUGGAGGUGGGAGACGACCUUCGGGUUUUCUUGGAGAAUGGUCACACCAUCCUCACCACUUGUAUACGCACCACCUUCAGCGUCUUUCUCAUCAAGCGCAUGUAA